AUGGCAUCCAAGGUCGCCGCCGUGAUCGGCUACGGCCCCGGCAUCGGCCACUCGUGCGCCGCGCUGUGGGCCGCGAACGGCUACACGGUCGCGCUCGUCAGCCGCACGGCCUCGAAGCUCGAGGCCGCGGCGAAGACCAUCCCCAACGCGAAGCCCUACCCCUGCGACAUCACCGACGACCAUGCGCUGCGCGCGUGCCUCGUCGACAUCGCCCGCGCGCUCGGGCCGAUCGACGACGUCAUCUACAACGCGGGCAACGGGGUCUGGAAGAAGUUCGACGAGAUCUCCGUGGACCAGCUCGACGCGGCCAUGAAGACGAACGUCUACGGCCUGCUGUCGACGUGCCAGGUCGCGACGCCGGCCAUGAUCAAGCGCGGCUCGGGCAACGUCAUCGUCACGGGCGCGACGGCGAGCCUGCGCGGCAUGCCCUUCACGAGCGCCUUCGCGAGCGCCAAGGCGGCCCAGAAGUCGCUCGCGCAGAGCGUCGCGCGCCAGCUCUGGGCCGAGAACGUCCACGUGUCCUACGCGAUCAUCGACGCGUCCGUCGGCCCGGCGGUGCCCAAGCAGAUGCACCCCGACUCCAUCGCGCGCGAGUACUGGCACCUCGCGACGCAGACCAAGGACUGCUGGACCUUCAUGCACCACAUCCAGACGUCCGUCUCCGACAUGGCGCUGCUCUGA